AUGGCUCGCCUUCCUCCCGUUGAGAAACUCCCUCUUGCAGUUCGCAAGAACAUUCGUGAUGAAUGGGAUAACAAGAAAGGCGAUAUUGAGAAAGACCUUUCCGAUGUCCUGACCGUGCCAUGGACUGUGGAUGUGAAUCCGAACCAGAUAUAUGCCUACGCCAAGGAUGGCUAUGCCAAGGAUUCACUUGGAAGCUGUAUUGCUGAAUACAUCAAUAGCGCCAUUUACCAGCUGAAGUACUACUCUAGCAGCUUCGGCGAAGACGGUCUCAAAGAGCUUAACAGCAUUGCCUACAAACACACUGUGACACUAGAUAUCGAUGAGUCCAAGAGAUUCACCUACGCAGGUGUCGACAUUCACGAAGGUACCCUCCGCCUGCUGUUCGCCCCUGACAACCUCGCCGUCAACAUCAGCUACGCCUGUGAGAAGGAUACUCUCCUCAAGGCCUUGAAUGAAGCACCUGCCCCCGAGGGCUCUGCUGAGACUCUCAGCGUUGCUGCUCGCACAAGUAUCCGCCAGGACUAUGACCCAAAGAUCGAGGAGAUUCGUGCGAAGAUUGCCGCCCUCCUUGCUAAGCCAGACAUCAAGCUGAACCCCAACUUCGAGGACACCUUCGCUAAGCUCAAGCAAGAGAGCCAGACAAAGAAGAGCGAGCUUCGUGAGGACUGGCAGUUAAACAUUGGCAGAGUGGCCUGUGAUUACUUUGACGGUCUUGUGAGCCAACUCCAAUGGCAGAAGUUUGAGGAAGAUGAUCUCCUUCAGGAGGGUUUCAACGAAGCCAUCGACAAGGGCGAAAUCGUCUUCAGAAUCGUUGAGAAGCUCACUGAUGACUCAUACGGCGAGUGCCAGGUUGAGGAUGGUUUCUUAUAUCUUCAGUGCACUGCCAAGACAUGGGGAACAAAUACGACGUACGCUGCCCAAAAAUUGGUCGACAAACUCUAA